AUGUACCAGCAUCAACAUCCAACGAAAGAUCCAGGACGCCAAGUCAAGGAAUGGAUACGUCUAGUACCAGCACUCCAACAUCAAGAUCAACUACAAGCUGCAACAAGGAUCGAGAUUUGGGCAUUCAGUCAUAGUGCGGGAAACCCAUAUUCAAAUUACCGCCAAGGAAGCAAGCGCGCUCCGUCGGACCCAACUCCUCCGCAGCACGCACACUCUCUCGCCGCCACCUUCUGGAACAUUCCCAAAAGUGGCGCGAAAACCACCGCACACGAACGAAGAGCGCUAGCUCUUCAGUCGUUCCUCAAAGGACACUCAACGGAUGGUCGACUCCUUUCGUCGUCUCCCCAACCACCAACUCGUCGUCCGGACAAUCAACAUCAUGUCAACGACACCAACAAAUACCAGCACGAGCACUUCGCUCCCUACCUUAGAGUAGCACCUCCUUGCCGUCUAAGGAGUGAGCAUUCUUUGGCUAUGGGUGAGAAGGGAAAGCUCUCGGACAAGCUCAACAACCAGCCAAGCCGAUCGCCAACUCACUCAUUCACUGUCAAAGACCUCUAA